AUGGAGGGAGGAAAUGACGUAUGUCCUGAAGAUAAACGUUUACGAAAGUCUGCGUCGCGAACUGUCAUCGCAUAUACCACCAGCGUAAUGGAAGCCGAGAAGAGACAGAAAAUAGACUCCCUUCCCGUACACAAAUCGAAAAACAUGGAAGCAGACCUCGAAGAGGCUUUAGAGAUUGCGGGUUUUGGCAAAUAUCAAUAUUUCCACUGCGCUCUGAUGGUCGUGACCUUGGCAGCAGCUCUUGUGGAAAUGAUUGGAUGCUCCUUCAUCCUACCUUCAGCAGCCUGCGACCUGGACUUACCGGAUAGUCUGAGAGGAAUUUUGGCAUCCAUACCCAAUAUAGGCGUUAUCCUAACGGCACCAUUGUGGGGCAGGGCUGCAGAUUCUUUGGGCCGUAAGCCGGUUCUGCUAUUAUCUUCGGCUAUCGCCGGCUUUUUGGGUUUCACAGCAGCCUUCAUGCCUUCGUUGGUGACAUUUGCACUGUGUAAAUUGGCGGGAUCAUUUUUCUUGUCAUGUCCGUCUUCUCUCUGCUACGCUUACGCUGGAGAGCUGAUGCCGAGGAAGAAGCGGGAUAAAACGCUUCUUGUCUGCAAUGCGCUACUUAUGCUGUCCGCUUCCUUAACUCCUAUUCUGGCUUGGACCAUUCUAUCGAACGAAUGGACUGGUCUCAAGCCUUGGCGUUUACUGACGACUGUUUACGCUCUGCCCCUGAUCCUGUCCUCGCUGUGCCUCACGCUGGCGAAGGAGAGCCCCAAGUUCCUCGUGACCAGGGGAAAGUACGACGAGGCACUGGUCGUCUUACGCCACAUUUACUCCUUGAACAGUGGCAUGGAACAGGAUAGCUUUUGCGUGGAGUCCUUAAAGAGGUCGAUUGACGAGAGCGGGAGGGAAAUACGGUUGGACACCGCUCAAAUUGACCGGAAAAUUUCUGCGCUGAGCCUCCUGCGUCCACCGCAUUUGCAAUGGCUGGCGCUUCUUGGGUUCCUCAUGUUUGGCCUGUUCUCGUUGUUGAACGGACUGUACCUUUUUACGCCUGACACGAUUAAUAAACUGCUGAACCCGACGGACACGGCGUAUAGGACUAUUUGCGAAGUGAUAAACCUACAUGUGAAUAAGACCAGCGACGGUACGUGUAACGACACGAUAUCACGGGACACAUUCCAAAUAAUGGUGGUGGCGACGCUCGUAUACGGCGCGGUCGUCAUGAUGAUCAGCCUCAGCCCAGUCCCGAAGAAGGUCCAGCUCGUCACCAUGUUUGUGGUCGUCGGCGCCGCGUGCAUAACCUCUGAGCUGACGACGAACAGAUUGCUCGCUGGGGUGUCCAUGUCGGCCUUACAGAUGACAGCUUUGGGCAUCGGGCCGCUGACUGCCUACGCUGUCCAUCUGUUUCCAACAAACUUGAGAGGCACUGCUGUGGGUGCCGUGCUGAUGUUCGGACGAGUCGGUUCCGUCGUCGGGGCCAACGCUGCUGGAGUCUUCCUCGCCAGCUCCUGCACCCUCGCGUUCUACGGAUUCUCCUCUAUGCUGUUCCUGUGUGCUGCCCUGAGCACUCUUCUGCCGAAGGACCAUCGACCAAGUGAUAGU